UUAUUUUGAAAGUGAGUACAGGAAGUUGUAUGAGUGAUUUUCCAAACCUGUGCGCGUGUCCUCAACGUGGAUGUAACUUCUCAGACAGAGUGACAUAAUUUGCUUGGAAACGCUUUAAUUGCCUUCUCAGAUGGACAGAAGCUCACCAGAUGAUAAACAGAACCCGCCACCGAUGGAGGAUGCAGAAGAGAUGGAGGUCACCAUGUCAACUCAGCUAGAAAAUCUCCUUGUGACCAAAGAGGAUGCCAUACAAACACAGGCAGAGGAAACAGAUGGGCUCCCUUCAGGGUCUGGGUGUGAGAAUGAGGACUCAAACAAGUCUGUCCACACAGACACUUCAACAUCACAUCUACCAGAGGUGAACGAUCACAACCUGCCAUCAGAAAACCAGGGGAAGGAGGUACAGGUCGCUAUGGUAACACACGCAGAGGAUGUUUCUGUGACCCGAGACGAUGCCACACCAGCAAACACACACACAGAGGCAGAUGGAGCUGUCCCGACAGCCGCAUCAGCAGCAACGCUCCCUGUGAGCUUUGUAUGUGAGGCUGGCUGUGUGGAUGAGGACUCGGACGAUUCAGACAGUGACAGUUCUUCAUCUUCUUCCUCAUCCUCCUCUUCUUCGUCAUCUUCCUCUUCCUCCCCUGCCCCGGUGUUUGAGGAUGUUGAUGAAAGUUUCAGCCAACCAGCCCCUAUCAAAGCUAGAGAUGAAGUCUUACUUGAGGAGCUUCCCGCUGUGGAGGAAGUCAGUGUGAGCUUACCCGAGGAAGCCGAGCUGCAGCCGGUGGGAACAGUCUCCAGUAUCGUCCAGCAGCUCGUUAUUAUCCAGUCCCUGAAGAACACACCCGCUCUGAACGAGGACAGCAUCCUGUUCAGGUCCGACAGGGUGGCUGUGGGAAAGGUGUUCGAGGUGUUCGGCCCUGUGUGCAGUCCUUUCUAUGUUCUGCGCUUUAACUCUUCAGAUCAGAUCAGCAGCAAAGGCCUGACGGAGGGAUCGACUGUUUAUUUUGCUCCAGCACUCAAAGAGUACACAGAGUACAUCUUGAUGCAGCAGCUCAAACUUUUAAAAGGAUCUGAUGCUUCUUGGAAGAAUGAUGAUGAACCACCAGAUGAGGCUUUGGAUUACAGCGAUGAUGAGAAGGAGCAGGAGGCAAAAAGAAAAAUAAGGAACAACAAACGGAAGGAAAAUGGCUGUGCAGAUAAGUCCAGUCAGCAGCAGAACCACGACCGCCGGGCUUCCCAGCCCCGACACGCCAGAACCCGAGUCCGACAUCAGCACCCGAGAAACGCGCCGCCAUCCGCCCACUCCUACCCUCCACCUGGACACACGGACAUUCCUCCUGCAUACUUUCCUUCCCACUCCCCUUAUCUUCCUCCUCCUCAUCAUCAUCACCAUCAUCACCCUUUCUCUCCACCCAGCUUCCCCCUCUACCCUCCUCCUCUUCCUCCUCCAGCGUUUUUCAACCCAUCUUUCUCCCCUUCUUUCUGGCAUCCAAACUCUGUCCCCUAUGUUGACUUCCCUCCUCCUCCGCCUCCACCACCGCCACCUCAUCCCCCCUCGCCACCUCACUAACACACACACACGUUCCUAAGUUGUUAGGGUGAUUUUUGUUCAUUAUAAGGAAUAUAUGAUUUACUUUCAGCAGCCUGUCUGUUUAGUGGCUGGUAGGCUGUAAAUUUUUGAUGUGUAAAAUGAUUUUU